UGUAAUCCCAAACCCGUGUGGCCCGUGCAGAAGGCCGGGGGUAGGGCCGAGCAACUGGAGCAAGGCAAAUGAAGCAGGAAAAAUAGCAAAAGAAUCACAAACAGCCCUGUUUUGAGGACUGUAAUUCCGCCUGUCUCUCUUCAUCCCUCCUUUCUUUGAUGUCUCCUCUCCGGAGUGACGGUUCAGAUGAGGAGAUAAAGUUAUGGAAGACCAUGUGAAACAGCGAGGAAGACUAUCUGCAGCGUGCAAUCGACUCUUCUUGAUGCAAGGAAAAGAGUAAAACUGUGAACACGCCAGUCUACGCUACUGGGACAUCUGAGUCAACGCCUGGCUCUGACAUGGGUUACAUGCUCCAUAAGUGACUACGAAUAAAGGCUCGUCCAGAACCAGCACACACCCGGGCCGAGCUUUCACACAGACAACGGUAGCAGUCAUGUCCCUCUCUACGGUGCUAGCAAAGGCGUUGUAUGAUAAUGCAGCUGAGAGUCCGGAGGAGCUGGCUUUCCGGAAAGGCGACAUCUUGAUGGUGCUGGAGCAGGAGCAAGAUGGCGGGCCGGGCUGGUGGCUCUGCUCCCUCCACGGGCGCCAAGGCAUCGCCCCUGCUAACCGCUUACGACUCCUUCAGACAGCGCCGGAUGCCCGUCGUACUCCCAGUGUGGACUCGGUUUAUCUCUCUCCCAUUCAGCAGGGACAUGUUAAUGGGCACUGCAUAGAAGAUGGUGAUGGAGUGUAUCUCUCUCCUCCGAGCAUGGCUGAAGGGGUGUACCAGAGUCCUGGAGGGGCUUCAGGACCAGGCAGUCGCCCACGCUCCCAUUCCAGCUCUGGUGCCAGGCCACGGCCAGAAUGGACAGAUAUUGGAGUUGAAGGUCGUCCGCGCUCGCCUUCUCUCAGAGGACGGGCAGGAGAAGUGGGUUCAGUGUAUCAGACCCCUGCCACAAUGGCACCACAAGGGGCACAGUACAGAUCUCAGGGUGCCUCGGAGUCAGUGUACCUGUCACCCACUGCUGUGCCCAGAUCUACAGUUGAAUCAGGGGGUGAGGCUGCUUAUCUGAGCCCAAGAGAGUCGAGUAUCACAGGCCAUUCAGACGCCUGCUAUUUGGUUCCUCGGCCAACCGUGGCAGCUUUACCUGGUGAGGAAUUUUAUCAGACUCCUGUGAACACUGCUCCAGUACCAGUGCUUCAGGAUGGGGUAGCCAACCAAGCUAAAGCAGGUCAAGAACUUCCAGGAAUGUACCAAACUCCAAGUGCACCAGGGAUAUCCAUGACAAGGACUCCACAAGCCGAGCGCAAGCUGUCUGCUGGAUCGAACGUGGUAUCAGCUGCCUCAGGACAAACUCUAAACACACCCCCUACAAGCAGGUCAUCUGGCAGACCGCAGGGUCAGUGUGCCACUCCCCCGGUGGGUCGUGGAAAAACGUCACAGAUUACAGUGAAGGGGUCCCCUCUUCUCAUGCGAAGUGGGAAAUCCGGGCUGCCAGGGUCUCCUAACUUCGGCCGAAAGCCUCCUCCACCAGCGCCACCGGUAAGAAGCGUGACCCGGAAGGAUUUACCUCAGGGUCAGGCACCAUCACCAGCCGCAAAACCCACUAUGCAGACAGGUCCUUACGCAGAGACUGCUAAAGCAGAGAAACAAAGACAGACGAAUAAAGAUGGAGGGAAGAAAAAGGACAUGCAGAUAAUGAAGAAAGAGUGUGAUGAUGGAAAACAAAAUGAUCAGGUGUAUGACACUCCUCCUACAAACAGAUGGCAACAGCCAGUUCCUGCCGUAUCUGCUGAGGAGAACGAGAGCAUCUAUAACACCCCCCGUGCCGUCCCCGUACACACCGAACAGGGAUCAGAGAUUUAUGACGUUCCCACCCGUGCCCUCAGUCCACACUCAGACCUUCAGCAACAGACCUACAACGUCCUGGCAUCACUUCCUCUGAGCGAAGACAUAGAAGAAGACGUGUACAGUGUUCCAAGUCUUCCGGGUCUGCCUUUAGACUCCGCUGAAAUGCCAGGAUCAGCAGGUGAAGCAAGCAGAAACGCUGAGGUUUACGCCGUCCCUAGUCCUGGAAAGUCAGAAUUGGUGUCUGAGGAUGUCUCCGAAGCAGACGGUGGCAUUUACGACAUGCCCGCUCUCACAUUAGACAUUCCUGCGUGCCGUCUUUCCGCAUCCAGCACCGGGUCAGGUGACAUCCAGUGGAAAAGCCCUCUCUCGGCUCUCGUCCAAUCAGCUCUAAGCUCCACCUCGGUCGCUACCACACCUUCCCGGGACCUGGCUGCGUCGCUGGCUGAGAUCUUGUCAGUGUGGAAAGCCGGACACUCUGGCGAAGUCCCGCCUUCUCUUCAGCAGGCAUGGUCUCGUCUUGCAGACCUCCUUCCCGCCCUCUCGGUGUGCGGUCCCUCCCCUCCGGCUGAUGGUCUGCUCACGAUGGUCCACCGAGCUCUCGAAGACACCGUCACCCUUUUGCAGAGUCAAACAAGACCCCGUCUGCCCUCUCAGGAGUCUCUCUCACGGAGGCCACUUCCUGCGUUGCCGGUUGCUGAGGUCAAACCCAUGGCAGGAGGAAUGGGAUCUCGCAAGGGCAGCUGGAUCCAAGAGCGCCCGCUCCCCCCUCCUCCUGUUCCUGCUUUUCCGUUGCCCCCAGCACCUGCGUCUCUUCCCGUUACUGGACAGAUGAGUGAAGAUGAGCAAGGGAAUGAGUAUGCAGGGAUCGGGUUAACUCCUGCACCUCCAUUGUACCCUGCAGGAGACAGUGUAGGAUACGUCAAGCUGCAGGGAAAGCCCGAGCCGCCUCCUGACUCACAGGUUGAAACUGGCACUUCACAGGUCAUCCCUACAAAUGAUACCAGAUUGAGUCCCUCUCCUCCUCUUCCCGUCUCUCUGUCUCUCGAGGACUCCGAGCUUCUGUCCUUCUACUCAUCCCAAAGCCUGUCUCACCUCUCCUGCCUGGCUGACGCCAUCGACUCCCUGUUCAGUAGCGUUCAGGGAAAUCAGCCGCCGCGGAUCUUUGUUUCCAGGGGAAAGAGUCUCAUCGUGACGGCGCAUAAGCUCGUUUUUAUUGGAGACACGCUUGCUCGUCUCCUCAGCUCUACUGACCUCAGGGCAAAGGUCACCACCUCCAGUGGACGUCUCUGUCAGGCCCUGAAGUCUGUUGUCGUUGCCACCAAAGAUGCAGCUCAGAAUUACCCAUCAGUCCAGGCUACACAGGAAAUGGUGGACAGAGUGGCUGAGCUAUCCCAGCAUGCUGCUGGUUUCUCUGGGCUCCUUCAGCGACUAGCAGAAAUAUCUUGAUGUCUUCGGUCUUUUUUUUUUUUUUCAUGACAAUGCCUUAUUUGUAGUACAUUUAUUAUUACACUUUGUUUCAUUUAUAUGCAGAAAAGUUUCAUGAUUGUGUUUGAUUCAUCGCACUGGUACUCGGUGAUUUGAUGGUGAAGUGUUGAACUGUGCCUCGAGAUGGUGUGUGUGUGUGUGUGUGUGUGUGUGUGUGUGUGUGUGUGUGUGUGUGUGUGUGUGUGUGUGUGUAAAAGUGGGAAUGUACUGGUUUGUGAUUUGUUUAUCUUUUUUUGUGCCUAGCACACGUCAUUGUGUCUUAAUAACUUAUUGAUGGGUGCUCAUUUUGGUGUGAGGACGUGUGUUGCACGCUUUGUAGUGGUUUCAUUUUUGUAUUGGUUUGCUGCAGUGGUCCAUUGUACUGCCAGAAGGGUAACUCUUUAGGUAUGCCAUUGUUUUUUACAUUUAAAAAAAAAGGUUACUGUGGAUUUUUUUUUUUAAUGCAUAGCCUCAGUUUCACCUGCUUCAGUUUACGCCUUAAAUCUCAUGUUGCACGUCACACAAGCGCUUUCAUAAUCAAUUCAUAUUGAGUACUGGUUAGAACACGUGUUCAUGCAGAGAGCCAAGAAAGAACUCAUGUUUUAUUUUAAAGGGAGAUGGGUGGCCCUCAUAAAGCAGGGAUUGUUUUUUUCUGUAAUCAUUUGUAAUUUUGUCCUUUCCCACGACGGUGACUAAGUCUGAAACCUGUUCCUCGGGUUUUGCUCUUUCUUUCCUGUCUAUUUCUCGUAACCUUCCAUUUUUUUUUUUUUAUCCCCAUUUUCUCUCAUUUUACCUCCUUAAGAACCAGUUCUGCAUGUAAAGACAAAAGCAUGUCCGUGAAUGAAUGCAGUUCUGGGAAAAUACUCUCCACUAUAUUAAACAAUAAACUAUAAAUUAAAAAAA